UAAAAAAGGAAAGAAAAUUUUAAAGUGAAAAAAGAGGGUAAUAACUAAUAAGUGCCAAAAACAUCACCAUUAGCAAAUACUAGCAAAAUGAUGAAUUUGAAUGGCAUGGUUACUUACUUACUUUAAUGGACAUCAACUGAACCCACAGCUGCUCUAUUGUCCCUCUUUCUCUCUCUAAAUCUCCACUCUUUAUUGGUAUUUUCUCUCUCUUCCUUAUUACAAGGCAUGCUCUUCCUCUCUCUACCUUUCUUUCAUUUGUUUCUCCCUCAAAAAACUCACCUUUUUGGGUCAAAUUAUUGCUAUAGAUUAGUACUACUACUCCUUUUCCUGCUUGCCUGUGUAAUGUUCUUCUGAUGAAAUAUAUACAGUUUUUGGGAGCUUUGUUGAUUGGUUACUCAAGUGGGUUCUCUUGUUGAUUAAUCUUACAAGGGUAUUUAGAAUACUUAAUAAUGGCUUGAAGCUCAAGAUAUUGAAUGAAAUUAUUUUAUUUAUUGGUGCUUUUGUUGGGUUUUUCUUUUGGUUCACUUCUGUGGAGUGUGAGAUCUAAGGUGGGGUAUACACUGUUGUUGAAAGCACAUAAUGGGACUCUUUUUUCUGGCUUGGAAUGCAAGUGUAAUUAAAGAAUUUUAGUUGUCUUAAUGGGUGUAAAUAUGGAGUUGGAAUUUGAUAAAUACUGCAAAGUAGGUCGAAGUCCUCGAACCGUUCUAUCCGUACCACAUCCUGAGAAAAAAGGCGAGCGUAGGAGUAGAAAAGGAAGACACAGUUCCAAGAAUGAUGGUUAUGAUUUAAUAAGUUUGGAAGGAGAAGGAUUUACCGAAAUUAAGUUUCGGAAUUAUCGAAGUGUUUCCUGUAAGAAUCUUCCAUCGGAGAAUGUUGAAUUAGAAUGCAAUGAAGUCCCGAGGAGACGUGGUUCUGUUUAUCAGAGCACCACUGAGAGGAAUUCUAGAAGGUCAGAAACUCGUGGUGGUAGAAAAAAAGUCGAGUUUUCACUCGAUAGUGAGGCACCCUUUUCUUUUAGUAUUCUUGAUUCGAUUUGUGGGUCGGAUGAGGAAGCUGAGCUCGAUCAAAAGAGAUCAUCAAUAAUGUCUUCUGACGCAGUUUCUUCCACGAAGCUUCCUAAACAGCCGUGUAGUAUGGAUUUGAAAGAAAGGCCAACCAAUUGUGGAUCGUCUGCUGAGAGAGAUUUGAUGGAUAAUCGGAAGUUCAUUUGUGAACAAGUUAAGGGUCCGUCAAAUAACGGUAAUGUCCUCAAGGAGAGAGAUUCACUCGCCUUAAACAAGUCUCUAUCUGCUAAGCUUGCAAUUCCACAUUCCCCGACUCAUUCAGAAGGGGAUAGUACGAAAGGAAGCCCUAAAACCCGUUUGAAAAAAAUGUUCGAUCCUUUUACGAAAUCUAAAUCUCAGCGAACGCCUUCAAAUGAUGCCAAAUCAUUGAGCCUAGGAGAUAUGGGGAAAACUAAAACUCUACGAAAAUCCUUGUUACAUGAUUUUUCAAGUGUUGUACCAAAUGUAGAGAUUGGAACCCUUCCUUUGACAAAAGUGCGACAGCAGGCUGUCGAGCCAUGCUCACCUGCCCAUCUUAGAGGCAAUCUCAAGAUGGAACAGAAGCAUGGAGUGCCAUAUUUCGAGUUCUCGAUGGCACACUUGGAAGAUUUGUUUGUGGCCAAAACAUGGAAGGCCGAAAAUGCACUUAAUUGGGUGUAUACUUUUCAUUCUGUUCAAGGAAGGAAGAGAAGUAAUGCAAGUGGGUGGGGAAUGAAGUACAUUGAUAAAGAUUCUCUAAUGGUUGGGCAAAUGCAGGUUUCAUGCUAUCUUUGUUCAGAGAUUAGAGGUGGCGGUGAUUUUAGUAACUCGAUGAUGACCGAGUUUGUGUUGUACGAUAUUGGUCAUGCAAGAAGAAAUAUUACUGCUGAUGAAGAUACUAACUGCAACGAAAAUCCUCCCAAGGUUUUCGAUGCUUCAAAUGAUAGGUCGUCAGAAGGAAACAUCGAGUUGGAUGAUUUAUUUGAUCUUUCAAAGCCGAAACAGCCUACAACGAGUGACCAUCAUGGUUUGGAUAACUCGUCACCUUACCCAUGGGCACCGAAUGAUUUGCGACCGAGCUUUGAAGCUGCAGCUGUUGUGGUUCAAGCUCCUUUUGAGAAAAGGGAAAGCUUAAAGUACAGAAAAGGGGAUAAGCUUAGUGAGCAGGUUACGAAGGACACACGUGACGAUAGUAACCAAGUUAAGAUCAAUGUAGUGACCCCAAUGGGAAACCAUGGGUUGCCGACUAGUGGUGAAAGUAGAGGACCUUCUCCGUUGCUCGAUAGAUGGAGGCUCGGUGGAGGGUGUGAUUGCGGUGGAUGGGAUAUUGGUUGCCCACUUCUUGUCUUUGGGAAUCCAACGAAAUGCACGGAUGAGCAUUCCCAUUUGAAAAAGGAUGACCCUCUAAAACUUUAUGUUCAGGGAGGAAAAGAAAACAUGCCAGCUUUGACGAUAUCAAUCACCGAGAAAGGGAAAUAUGCUGUCGACUUCCAUGCACAACUAUCCGUUUUACAGGCUUUUGCUGUCUGUGUUGCUAUUAUGCACACAACAGACGCUUCAAGCCUGGUCGAGCAAGAGAAAAGCAAGGAGUUGUUGCAAUGUAGCUCCGUAAAAGUCCUGGUUGAGGAUGAAGUGAAAAUAUUGAUAGAAGCUGUUACGGAGGAGGAAAAGAAGAAAGCUGCGAAGCGAGCAGGACAAAAUCAGCCAUCUUUUGUGCUCAAUCCACCCUUUUCUCCUAUUGCCCGAGUUUAGCUCAGCCAGUUUUAUCGGCGAAACUCCAAGUAGUUUGAUAUUGGAUGAACGGUAAAACUCCAACGAUCAACUGAAAGCGGAGAAUAAGAGUCGAAAAAGAAACAUUCUGUCCAUAUUUGGUAGUUCAUAGCAGGGGUUAGCAUCGUGUGAUCGGUUUAGGUGCAGAAUAGCAAGGUUUUUGCUGUUUUGGACUCUUUUUUUGCAUCUGUUCAUCAUUUACAUUCAAUUUUUGUAAUUUAUAUGGGAAGCUAGAGGGAGAGAUUAGUUAAAUGUAGCUAAAACAAAAACUUUUGUAUUUUAGCAAAUCUGUAUUGCAAAUAAUAUAAUAAAAUCUUCUAGUGAAGUAAUUUCAUGCACAGUGAA